AGUGGCGUAGUCAGCCACAGCCUUUCUUGGAGGAAGAGUAUUAGAUCCCGGAGUGCUCGGACAGUGCUUUCGUUUCCGUGAGAGCGGAGGGAGAGUGCUGCCAUGGCGACUCCUGCUCAGCCCAAGAAAAUCGUGGCGCCUACGGUGUCUCAGAUCAACGCGGAGUUCGUGACCCAGUUAGCAUGUAAAUACUGGGCUCCUCAUAUCAAGAAGAAAUCACCUUUUGAUAUAAAGGUCAUUGAAGAAAUAUAUGAGAAGGAGAUUGUCAAAUCAAGGUUUGCCAUCAGAAAAAUCAUGCUCUUGGAAUUUAGCCAGUACCUUGAAAAUUAUCUCUGGAUGAAUUAUUCUCCAGAAGUGUCCAGCAAGGCCUACUUAAUGUCAAUCUGCUGUAUGGUGAAUGAGAAAUUCAGAGAAAAUGUCCCAGCCUGGGAGACUUUUAAGAAGAAGCCAGAUCACUUCCCAUUCUUUUUUAAGUGCAUCUUGAAAGCGGCAUUAGCUGAAACUGAUGGUGAAUUUUCACUCCAUGAACAGACAGUCCUAUUGCUUUUUCUUGAUCAUUGCUUCAAUAGUUUGGAAGUGGACCUGAUACGGAGUCAAGUGCAGCAGCUCAUCUCCCUUCCAAUGUGGAUGGGCUUACAGUCGGCACGAUUGGACUUAGAAUUAAAAAAGACACCUAAACUAAGAAAAUUCUGGAAUUUAAUUAAAAAGAAUGAUGAAAAAAUGGAUCCAGAAGCACGGGAACAGGCCUAUCAAGAAAGAAGAUUUCUUUCACGACUUAUCCAGAAGUUUAUCUCUGUGCUGAAUUCAGUCCCACUGUCAGAGUCUGUCACUAUGGACAAGGUUCAUUACUGUGAAAGAUUCAUUGAACUCAUGAUUGAUCUAGAGGCCCUACUCCCCACAAGACGCUGGUUUAAUACCAUCCUCGAUGACUCCCACCUUUUGGUUCACUGUUACCUUUCCAAUCUCGUUCAUAGGGAAGAGGAUGGCCAUCUUUUCUCUCAGCUUUUGGACAUGCUUAAAUUCUAUACUGGUUUUGAGAUUAAUGACCAGACUGGAAAUGCUCUGACAGAGAAUGAGAUGACCACAAUUCACUAUGAUAGAAUUACUUCUUUACAGAGAGCUGCUUUUGCACAUUUUCCUGAACUUUAUGACUUUGCCCUCUCAAAUGUGGCAGAAGUAGAUACUCGGGAAUCCUUGGUCAAGUUCUUUGGACCUCUUAGUUCAAAUACUCUCCACCAGGUGGCAUCAUACCUCUGCUUGUUACCCACGCUCCCUAAAAAUGAAGAUACGACUUUUGAUAAGAAAUUUCUCCUAGAAUUGCUGGUAUCCCGUCAUGAACGACGAAUUUCUCAAAUUCAGCAGUUAAACCAGAUGCCUUUAUAUCCAACUGAGAAAAUCAUAUGGGAUGAAAAUAUUGUCCCAACUGAGUACUAUUCUGGAGAAGGUUGUCUUGCUCUUCCCAAGCUGAAUUUGCAGUUUUUGACUCUUCAUGAUUAUCUCCUAAGGAACUUCAAUCUCUUCCGCUUAGAAUCAACCUAUGAAAUUAGACAGGACAUCGAGGACAGUGUCAGCAGAAUGAAGCCGUGGCAGUCUGAGUAUGGUGGUGUGGUGUUUGGUGGCUGGGCACGAAUGGCCCAGCCCAUUGUGGCCUUCACUGUAGUUGAAGUUGCCAAACCCAACAUAGGUGAAAACUGGCCAACACGAGUGCGUGCGGACGUGACCAUCAAUCUGAAUGUCAGAGAUCACAUCAAAGAUGAGUGGGAAGGACUUCGUAAACACGAUGUAUGCUUUUUAAUUACCGUGCGCCCCACAAAACCUUAUGGCACCAAGUUUGACCGAAGGAGACCAUUUAUUGAGCAGGUUGGCCUGGUUUAUGUCAGAGGCUGUGAAAUCCAGGGCAUGCUGGAUGAUAAAGGACGUGUCAUUGAAGAUGGACCUGAACCCAGACCCAAUCUUAGAGGAGAGUCAAGGACAUUUAGAGUGUUUUUGGAUCCAAACCAGUAUCAACAAGAUAUGACCAAUACUAUACAAAGUGGAGCAGAAGAUGUAUAUGAAACUUUCAAUGUAAUAAUGAGGAGAAAACCAAAGGAAAAUAAUUUUAAGGCUGUGUUGGAAACCAUUCGGAACUUGAUGAAUACUGAUUGUGUGGUACCUGACUGGCUGCAUGACAUCAUUUUAGGUUAUGGGGAUCCAAGUAGUGCACAUUACUCCAAAAUGCCCAAUCAGAUUGCCACCCUUGAUUUCAACGAUACUUUUCUCUCCAUUGAACAUUUAAAAGCCAGCUUUCCCGGUCACAAUGUUAAAGUAACUGUGGAUGACCCUGCUCUACAGAUACCCCCUUUCAGGAUAACUUUUCCAGUAAGAAGUGGAAAGGGAAAGAAAAGGAAAGAUGCAGAUGGGGAAGAUGAAGAUGCAGAAGAGGCAAGAACCUUAAUUGUGGAACCUCAUGUUAUUCCUAAUAGGGGUCCUUAUCCUUACAAUCAACCCAAACGUAAUACAAUUCAGUUCACUCAUACACAGAUAGAGGCCAUUCGUGCUGGAAUGCAGCCUGGACUAACUAUGGUUGUGGGUCCACCGGGUACUGGAAAAACAGAUGUGGCAGUCCAAAUCAUAUCUAACAUCUACCACAAUUUCCCAGAGCAGAGAACUCUGAUUGUAACUCAUUCCAAUCAGGCCCUGAACCAGUUGUUUGAGAAAAUCAUGGCUUUAGACAUUGAUGAGCGCCACCUCCUGCGUCUUGGUCAUGGGGAAGAAGAGCUGGAGACAGAGAAAGAUUUCAGCAGGUAUGGGAGAGUUAAUUAUGUUCUGGCUCGAAGAAUAGAACUUUUAGAAGAAGUUAAACGAUUGCAGAAGAGUCUUGGCGUUCCAGGUGAUGCUUCGUAUACUUGUGAAACCGCAGGAUAUUUCUUUUUAUACCAGGUAAUGUCUCGUUGGGAAGAGUAUAUCAGCAAAGUGAAAAAUAAAGGUAAUACAUUGCCAGACGUUACGGAAGUCUCCACUUUUUUCCCUUUUCAUGAAUACUUUGCAAAUGCCCCUCAGCCCAUUUUUAAAAGCCGAUCUUAUGAAGAAGAUAUGGAAAUUGCCGAAGGCUGUUUUAGGCAUAUUAAGAAAAUCUUUACUCAACUUGAGGAAUUCAGGGCCUCCGAAUUGCUUCGAAGUGGACUGGACAGAUCCAAAUACCUUUUGGUGAAAGAAGCCAAAAUCAUUGCUAUGACUUGUACUCAUGCUGCCUUAAAACGACAUGACUUAGUCAAGUUAGGCUUCAAGUAUGACAAUAUCUUAAUGGAAGAGGCUGCUCAGAUUUUGGAGAUAGAAACAUUUAUACCUCUUCUUUUACAGAAUCCGCAGGAUGGUUUCAGCCGUCUUAAACGAUGGAUUAUGAUUGGUGAUCAUCACCAAUUACCUCCAGUCAUUAAGAACAUGGCCUUUCAGAAAUAUUCUAACAUGGAACAGUCUCUCUUUACUCGUUUUGUCCGGGUAGGAGUUCCUACUGUAGACCUUGAUGCCCAAGGGAGAGCCAGAGCAAGCCUUUGCAACCUCUACAACUGGCGGUACAAGAAUCUAGGAAACUUGCCUCACGUGCAGCUUUUGCCGGAGUUCAGUACAGCAAAUGCUGGUUUGCUGUAUGAUUUCCAGCUCAUCAACGUUGAAGACUUUCAGGGAGUAGGAGAAUCAGAACCCAAUCCUUACUUUUAUCAGAAUCUUGGGGAGGCAGAAUACGUGGUAGCACUUUUUAUGUACAUGUGCUUGCUUGGUUAUCCUGCUGACAAGAUCAGUAUUCUAACAACAUACAAUGGGCAAAAGCAUCUGAUUCGUGACAUCAUCAACAGACGAUGUGGGAGCAAUCCUUUGAUUGGAAGACCAAAUAAGGUGACAACUGUUGACAGAUUUCAAGGGCAACAGAAUGAUUACAUUCUUCUGUCUCUAGUACGAACCAGGGCAGUAGGCCAUCUGAGGGAUGUUCGACGCUUGGUGGUGGCCAUGUCUAGAGCCAGACUUGGACUGUAUAUCUUUGCCAGAGUAUCCCUCUUCCAGAACUGUUUUGAACUAACUCCAGCUUUCAGCCAACUUACAGCCCGUCCCCUUCAUUUGCAUAUAAUUCCAACUGAACCCUUUCCAACCAGUAGAAAGAAUGGAGAAAGACCAUCUCAUGAAGUACAGAUAAUAAAGAAUAUGCCCCAGAUGGCAAACUUUGUAUACAACAUGUAUAUGCAUUUGAUACAGACCACACAUCAUUAUCAUCAAACUUUAUUACAGCUCCCACCUGCUAUGGUCGAAGAAAGUGAAGAAGUUCAAAGUCAGGAAAUAGAAUUGGAAACGGAAGAAGACUCCAUGGCUUCUCAAGCUGAUGUUCUACCCAGUGUAACAGAGGCCAGUUCCAGUCAGGAAACCGCAGCCCCUGAUACUGAGGCCGCUUCCAGUCAGACAGGAGCCACUUCCGAUCCAGAAGCCACCCCUGCUCUCUCUGGGGUCCCUGCCACUGUGGCAAAACCUGGAGCUGAACCAGAAGAGGCUGACACCCCUCAGGAGUCCACAUCCACCCCAACUGAGACCAAGUAGCCCUUACCAGGGAGGACAAUUUAUUUAUAAAAUCUAAGGAAAAUCACUUUGUUGUAUUUUACAUUCAAGUGGUACUAGUUUGUAUCCAUUCCUCAUUUUUGUAACUAAUUUCAAUGUUUUUCUUCUUGGAUAUAUUAAAAUGUGGUUUUUGUAUAUGAAGAGCUCCAGUUUUAUUUGUUUGGACAGAAGAAUAAAUGACCCUUCCUUUGACAUUUUGAUCAACUGUUAUAGCUAUAAUGAUUCCUAAAUCAAGAGUUUUCUAUUGAAUAAAACUUCACACAUUUUUAGUGAAAUUCUCUUUUUUUGAAAAGGGAUAAAAUAUGUUAAGAUUAAGUGAUUCUAAGCACGUAUUCAAAGCAGUUUCUUCUGUUGUAGUGUAGGAUAUUCAAAUCAUACUGUUUUUAUCUCCCCCACCUUCCUUCACUGUCUUGCUUGAUAAAAAGGCAUUGAUGCACCUAUUGGAUUGACUGUAUCUGAAGAACCUUUGAAGAAUUAAGCAGGUACUACACAG